AUGGAAAACUUUCUGAAACCGGAACGUUUCGACUUCGACCCCACGUGUGCUAACGCUGAAAAUAAGUGGCUACAUUGGAAGAAAACUUUCGAAAACUUUUUGUCAAAGGUGCCUAAUCUUGAUGAAGAUAAUAAACUCCCACUCCUAAUUAAUUAUGUAUCAGCAAAUGUUUUCCAGUCAAUAAGUGAAGCCACCAGCUACUCGGCCGCUAUCUCUGUUUUGGAUGCACUCUACGUAGUAAAGAGGAAUAAAAUUUUCGCUCGUCAUUGCUUGGCCUCAAGAAACCAACUAUCUAAUGAAACUGUUAACGAAUUUCUUCAAGUUUUAAAGCAACUAAGUAAAAACUGUAACUUCACACAAGUAUCGGCUGAAACUUAUAAAAAUGAGUAUAUACGUGAUGCUUUCAUUAGAGGGUUGCGGAAUACCCGCAUUAGAGAGCGUCUGCUCGAAAAUACAACAAUCACUUUAGACAAUGUAGUCAACCAAGCCCGUGCUCUUGAACUGGCUGAAGCUCAUUCUGCUUCAUAUCUCACUAACUCACAACCUAUGCCUUCUGCUGCACUAGACUGUACUGAUGAUGCUUUUGAAAAAGAAACCCUUGCAGCAAUUCCUCGUGGAUCAUGUUUUUUCUGUG